AUGUAUUUGCCUGGUUUUGGGCGUGGGCUGAAGCGCCUGGCGCUCACGCUUCUCUUGUCUAAUCCGACUGGUGCUAUUGAUUUGAGUAUCAAUGAUGAACAAUCCAUCAAAGAUGCCGCCAGCACGACCACAUACGCUAUGAUGACCUAUUAUCACGGAAACGAGACCGGCCAUAUUCCUGGAGCAUUCGCAAGCAAAUGGUGGGAGGGUGCAGCUCUGUUCUUGGCCCUACUCCAGUAUUGGCAUUUCACAGGCGACACAACUUACAAUGAGGAGCUACGGGUUGGAUUACAAUGGCAGUCUGGUGACGAUGGUGACUAUAUGCCUAGCAACUAUAGCAGUUACCUGGGAAACGAUGACCAGAUGUUCUGGGGGCUUGCUGCCAUGACGGCAGCCGAGCUACAGUUCGCAGACGUUUCGGAUGGAUUUUCGUGGCUCUCGCUGGCCCAAGGUGUAUACAACACUCAGAUCAAACGAUGGGAUACGACUGCAUGCGAUGGUGGAAUGCGUUGGCAGAUUUGGCCCUAUGAAUCGGGUUAUACCAUGAAAAAUGCGAUCUCCAAUGGUGGUCUUUUCCAGCUUUCGGCUCGACUUGCUCGGUACACGAAUGAUGCGACAUAUGCGAAAUGGGCCGAGAAGAUCUGGAACUGGUCAUUGUCUUCCCCACUACUCAGCAACUCGACUUGGAACGUUGCCGACUCCACAAAUAUGGAUGAUGAUUGCGCAACUCAAGGAAACACCCAAUGGUCAUACAACUAUGGCACAUAUAUGAUGGGCGCCGCCUAUAUGUAUAAUUAUACAAACGGGAGUUCCGAAUGGCUCUCUGCCGUCAAUGGACUCAUGAACAAAACCUUUGAUCACUUCUUCCCAACCAGCAAUGGCGGUAUUUUCGAGGAAGUCGUCUGCGAGCCUUCAGAAAGCUGUAACGACAAUGAGAUUCUUUUCAAGGGUCUCGUUUCUUCGUGGCUAUCAUUUACAGCUCUCUUGGUUCCAUCGACAUACAACACAAUUCUGCCAUACCUCCAAACCUCGGCCAAGGCUGCUGCCUUAUCCUGCACGGGACACAAUAACAACACAUGUGGAGUACGGUGGUAUCAAUCGAAAUACGACGGAUGGAUCGGCAUGGAAGAGCAAAUCAGUGCCACUAACCUCUUUGUCGCAAACAUGAUUCAAUUCGACACCAGUGGCCCGGUCACGGCAACAACGGGUGGAGAUAGUACGAGCAACCCUACACAGGGUGAGAAUGAUACGUCUUCAUCAACAACUAAACAAAGUACCAUUACGACGGGAGAUAAAGCUGGUGCUGGAAUUUUGACUGUUGUCUUUGUCAUCGGCUGGGUCGGCUUGAUGAGCUUUACAGUACUCGGAGGCUGA